CUCCACUAAAACCCUAGCUUAUAUUCCUCAAUUUCGCCCACCCCCCAUUUUCUCCCUCCUCACUCUCAAACCCUAGCCAGCGCCAACAAUGCCGCCGAAGUUCGAUCCAUCGCAGGUCGUCGACGUGUUCGUCCGCGUCACCGGCGGAGAAGUCGGCGCGGCCAGCUCCCUCGCGCCGAAGAUCGGUCCACUCGGUCUCUCCCCUAAGAAAAUCGGUGAAGACAUCGCCAAGGAAACCGCCAAGGACUGGAAGGGCCUCCGCGUCACCGUCAAGCUGACCGUCCAGAACCGGCAGGCAAAGGUCACCGUCGUGCCCUCCGCCGCCGCGCUGGUCAUCAAGGCGCUCAAGGAGCCCGAGCGCGACCGAAAGAAGACCAAAAACAUCAAGCACAACGGCAACAUUUCCCUCGAUGACGUCAUCGAGAUCGCGAAGGUGAUGAGAAACAGAUCCAUGGCCAAGGAGCUGGCCGGAACCGUGAAGGAGAUUCUCGGCACGUGCGUCUCUGUUGGAUGCACGGUCGACGGGAAGGAUCCGAAGGAUUUGCAGCAGGAGAUCGCCGACGGCGAUGUUGAAGUUCCGAUGGACUGAGCUGAAUGCGGUUGAGUUUUUUUUUUCAAUCCCGAUUUCAUAGAGUUUUUGUUAUUUAUUAUUGUCUUUUAACUGCAAUUGCUCUUUGAGUUGGAAACUGUUAAAUGAUAAUUUUUUUUGGUAUGAAGUGGAUGCAUUACGGGGAAAUAUGCUAUUAUGGUAUUACUACUUAUAUAUAUUUGUAGUUAUUCAAUUGUUCAGAAUGCU